CAUCAAAUUCUGUGUGCUGGAAAGCAGGAGGAUAGCCAGAGGAUUUGCUAGAAAGUCACCAUAAUGGAGGAUGCCGAAUGUGCCAGCACUACUACCAUCACCACCAUUACAGAUGAAUCAGAUGAAGUAACAGAAACUGGUUUUGAGAGUUCUCCUGUCACCACAAGUGAUACAAAUGCCAACAUCAACAGUCAUGUUCCAGCAACUCAUGUUUUAUCUACUGCACAUACAACUAGUGAUGAGGAUGUUAAAAUGGAAUCUGAUUCAAACAGCUAUUCAAACUUUUCACCUUCAGAAACUAACACAAAAAGCAGUUGCAGAAGCUCGAGUGCUGGUCUUAACCAUAGGGUUGGCAGAAACUCGGAACACUGGUAUCAAAAUCGGUGCUUCAACCACUACUGGCAUCAUUACUAUUUUGUCUCGUUGUGGUGCCAGAAACAUAUGGAAGUGUAUCGUGGUGUACAUGAACAAUUUAGCUCUCAGUCAAAUAACUCAGAAGUUACCACAAGCAUAAAUGAGGCAGAUAAAGGUGUCUUCAAAAAACCAGUCUCUGUAAAGACACAUCGAAACCGGAAAGCUCGUCGGAGAAGAAAGGAAGCAAAGAAACGGAUGAGACUGGCUUUCAGCCAUGCAGAGACUAUGAACAGCAGUUCUAAUUCCUUGGAUGAAGAGGAUGCAACUGAUACUGCAACUGAUGAUGUAGAUUUCGCAGUAAAAAUGGACAUUAGUGAAGAAAUGCUAGAUUUUUUUGCUCAUACACACAAACACAGAGCAGAAAGAGAUGAAUUGAAGAAAAAAGCAAAAGGAACUAAGCAGGAAAAACUAAUUAACAUUGAAGAAGUUCGCUCUGACCAGAAAGAGCGUACAGUGGAAGCCCCCAAAGAAAGGCCUGGAUCACGCCGUACAGAGGAAAUGCGCUUUCUGUAUGGGAAAGGAGCUGCUAUGAUUCAUGGAAUGGAAACUGCCCUUCAGAUGAACUUCGACCGCAACCUUGAUGUCAAGCAACCUAAGCUGUGGCCUAACAUGCCAUUCAAAAUCUUAUUUGACUAAGUUGCCCAACACUAAGUGUCAUUAAUGAAGAUAGUUUUAAACAUUUCACAUACUGUUUACUAUUAUGAAAAAGUGGAUUUUAAAUGUGUGUUUCUUGCGUAUUAUUUGUACAGGUUUAAUGUUAAACUAGGAAAUCACCACGGUGAUCUUAUUUUUUCCAUUUUGUUGCCUCAUUUUUCAUCAGGUGAUACAAAAAAAAAAGGAUGCUUUUAAACAAAUGAUUAAGACCAGUUUAAAUGGUUCAUUAACAGUGAAAACAGUUCUUGUGAAAAUAAGAUAUAUUAUUUGCUGUCUGUUUUUAAAUUUUAGUACAUUCUUAAAAAGUAUGCUAGAGCGUGAAAAUGAAUAUAAACAUGUUACAUUUUAUUUGAAGUUUGUCACCUUAUUCUUUUACAUGGAUUCAGAUAUGACCAAUUUAAUAUAACCUUGUGUACAUAAAACACUUUUAACAUAAAAAAAUCAACAUAUCUCCCCAGCUCAGUCAAGAUAGAUCUAUGAAAGUUUCUUUAGGAUCUAGAAAUGCUUAUAGGUAGGUGUGUAGUUGUGUCUUUCAGUGUGGUGCAACACCUGGCCAGUGAGUAAUGCCAGGUUAAACAGCAAACCCAUACCCCUGCCACUAAACAAGUUUACAUGUACUAGGUUAUCAAAGGCAGAAAUUUAGUUAAAAUUUUUGGAAUUUU